UUACCGAUAACGGAUAUUAUUUGAUAACAGCAAUACUAAACCCGUAAUGUAAAUUUAAAAUCGUUUACAAUAACGCAUUAUUCAUUCUUCGAUAGAUACUAUACAGUUUUUUCAUACCCAUAAGAGUGUAGUAAAAUACCAAAAUGAACAAGCGUAAAUUAGAAGAAGAAGUUUUUCAGCACAACAAGUUUGAGAAGUUAAAUAAUGUGGCAGACUCCGAAGACGACGACGAUAGCGUGGACGAAAAGAACUACGAUGUUAUGCAAGAACAAGACAUCGAAGGGCAAGAAGACGGAGUGGUUGGUCAAGAUGGCGAAAUACGAAUAACACCUUUUAAUAUGCAAGAGGAACUCGAAGAAGGCCAUUUUGAUACAGAAGGAAUGUAUCAUUGGAAAAAGGAAAAAGAAAUACAAGAUAACUGGCUAGAAAAUAUUGACUGGUGUAAAAUUAAAGAUAUGUCAAAGGAACCGAAAAAAUCAGACGACACAUUGGAUGAUCUUACGACGUUCAAUGUUAUUGCAGCGUAUAAAGAAAUCAUAAACAUGAUGCAGCCCAAGGAAACAAUUUCAAAAGCGCUGAGACGUCUGGGAGGAAAUAAAAGACUGACAACGGCUGAAAGAUGGAAACUGAAAAAAGCAGGAUUGAGUACCGAUGAUGGGUCUUCAACAAAAGUCACACGACUCACAGAAUUGGCAAAUCAGAUUUUAACUGCCAACGGCAAUAUGGAUGUUUAUCAAGAAACACAUGAACAAAUAAAACAAAUAAUUGAUAGAGCGGAAAACAAAGCAGGUCCAUCGACUUCGAUGGCAUCGGAUUUAGACAUGUAUGCUGAUGAUUUUGAUGAAAAAGAAAAAGAAAAAUUGGUCAACACCAGUCAGACUAGUGAAGAAGAAUCAAAACCUUCUUCAGAUAACAAGCUACAGUGGGAGUAUAAGUUUUCAUUGGAAAGCAAUGAAGUAUUCGGACCUUACGAGACCGAACAAAUGUUGAAAUGGAAAGAAGAAGAUAAAUUCAAAGAACCCAUUUGGGUACGCAAAUGUAAUUCAAAUUCAGAAUUUCAUUCGUCCAAACGUGUUGAUUUUGAUUUAUACCUUUGAGAUAUUACAUUGUACAUGUUUGUACAACAGUUAAGGUAUAAAAUCUGAUAAUUAUGUUGAACAUAUUCAAUACUAGAAAUAAUUAUCGACAUACUAAGUUCUUAAUGUCUAUUUACUUACUUUUAAAAUAUCGCUAAUAUAUAAUAACGAAAUAGUAAUUAUUAAAAGAAUAUGGCAUUGUAUUCUGUUAUUAUAAAAGAAAUCAUCUUAUUUUAAAUUUACCUUCAAUUUUAUU